AUGUAAGUGUACCAAAAAUGCCUUCAGCAGAAGAUUCCACUUGAAACAAAAUCACUAUUUGUUUCAUUGAAAAAUAACAUGAGUGAAACAAAACCCCUGAACAACAACAAUUUAUACACCAAUUAAUGGUCCUCCAACAACAACAUCUUGACAAAGAAGCUCACUGCUGCUUCUUAGGCUAACUUUUCUACAAAUGCUUAGUCUACCUCUGCCAACACUUAUUUCUUGAAGGGAUUAGAUUCCAGAAUCUUGAAUGCCGAACAAAGAGAAGAAUUAGUCUCCUUUGUUAACCAAGAUCCUUUUGGUCAAUCUUUCCUCGUUUACAAUUCUCAUGAAGCUUUGCGCAAGUUGAAUGCUUGGCGCUCCAAGUUAUCAUGGAUUCAACCUUUCUACGCCUUAAAGUCCAACCCUAUUGAUCCUCUCGUUGAAGAUCUCUGCUCUAACGGAGCUGGUUUGGACGUUGCUUCCCAAGGUGAAAUUAAAAAGGGAUUAGAAAUGGGUAUUUCUGCUUCUAAUAUGAUUUACUCUAACCCCGUUAAGGAAGAAAAGGAUAUUCUUUAUGCUGCUUAAAACAAUGUCCUUUACACCACUGCUGAUACUUUUGACGAAAUCGUUAAAAUUCACACUCUCGCCCCCAACAUGAAAAUUCUCUGGCGUAUUUCUAUUACUGAAGACAAUUCUUAAUAACUUGCCACUGUUUUCUCUAACAAGUUUGGUGAUGACAUUACUUCUCUCGAAGAUGCUCACCAAAAGUUCAAGUUUAUCGCCCAAGAAUUAGGCGUCCGUCUUCACGGUAUCCAUUUCCAUUGUGGAAGUGGUAAGAAUGGUUCAAGCUCAUUCUUAAAGGCCGUCAAUAUGGCUCGUAAGUGUAUCGAAAUCGGUAGAUAAUAUGGUCAUGCUAUGGAAAUCCUCGAUUUGGGUGGUGGUUAUCCUUCUGGUGAUCUUAACGAUAAGUUCAUUGCCAACUUGAAGGACACCUGCAACGAUCCUCUUGGUUACAGAGUUAUUGCUGAACCUGGCAGACACUUCUCCUCCCAAACUUGCUACCUCUUCACUAGAAUUUUAGCCAAGCGUUCUAAACAAGGAAAAACAUGCUUCCAUGUUAACGAUUCUCUUUAUCACUCUUUCAAUUGCGUUCUUAUGGACGGUGUUUCAUUCGAAAACGAUAAUGACUAAUUCUACUCAGUUGUUAACAACAACACUCUUGAGCAAUCAGAAAUUAACAAAAAUUCUAUGAUUAACUCCUCAGUCUUCGGAAUGACUUGUGAUGGAGCUGAUGUUAUUGCACGUAAUGUAGGUUUCUGCGGUGAUGCUAAAGUCGGUGACUGGUUAUGCUUCAGCGGUAUGGGUAGCUACACUUUUGGUCCCAAGAGUGCUUUCAACGGCAUGGAAAGCACAACCAGAGUUUUCAAGUGGAGCUCUCCUAUCGGAGUUCCUGAAUCUCCCAAAAAAGCUGCUGAAACUUCUGAAGAACCUUCCUUAAUCUGGAAGCCUAAGUUAGAACCAGCUUUCUGA